AUGGGUUUUCAAAUCAGGAAAAUUUAUCCUGAAGACCUGAUCCCGUCUGUGGUGAGGAGACAGCAUGAAGAAGAAGAUGAUGACGAAGAUGGUGAAAGUGAUGUUGAUAAGAAAGAGGAAGAGGUGGAGGAGAAGAAGGAAGUGGCUAGCAUGCUUCCGAUCGACAACCUGAGCACUUCUAAGAAAGCCGCACUUUACUCACUAUCGCUAAUUCUGGCCAAUCAUGAGAGCGCAUUGAGUUGUCAGGUGAAGUCUAGGUGUCUACGACUGCCGGAUCACUAUGCCCCAUGCGUUGUUCCUACCGUCCCAUCACCAAACGAACUUUUAUCCAAAAAUUGGGGACAAAGCCGGCCCAAAGGUGAGCUGAAAACCGCUCACUUUUACGUGCAACUCCUGGAUAAUCUGAUCGGCUCUUGGAGGAUAUUUUCAACAAAACGCAAGGUCAACCUCUCUUCCGACCCUCCAUCUUAUUUCGAACAGGCAAACACCGAGUCUCCAUCGGUUGAAGACUCUCCCAGUCUUGAGACUUCCUCCAACUCGGCGUCUCCUAGACCAUCAAGGACCUCCAACUCCCCAGACUGGCCAAAUGAGAAUUGUGUCAGAGGAAAACGGUACCGAAAAGCACGAGCUUAUUUCCAACCACAUCACCUCUUCGCCUUGGAAAACUUCUACAAGCACCAGACUUAUCUCUCCACCCAGGAUCGUGAGCUCCUCGCUCAACGGCUUGGGCUUUCUGAAGACAGGAUCAGGACGUGGUUUCAGAACCGUCGGAUGCGAGAGAAACGGAAACCGCGAUUUCCCUUGAGCACAAUUUCGAAUCCCGUGAAUCUCUCGACGGAAAAGGAUGUCAUGGGAACCAAAUAA